AUGCGUUGCUCUCUGGCCGUUUCGUUGAUGAUGGUGUUCGGCGCCGCAUGCGGACAAGGGCCUUCUGUCUAUACCCCCCGUCUCACGUCAGAACAAAUCGGGGGGAAGAUCACCACGUCGACCUUCGUCCUGGACCAGCCCCGGUGUGUGUUCAACGGGGUCGUCAACCCCACCGAUGAGAUAUGGCUGGUGGUGGCUCAGAGCAAUGCCGUGAAGAAUUUCACCAACCCGCGCUCGUCGACGGAACUGCCCUACCAGGAGUUUGAGAAGAACCACGUCUACAUGACCAUGAGCACCGUCCCCUCCAACUAUCCCUGCCCGGAAUCGACACAGAACAGCGACGAGAUCACGGUGCUGCGGGUGGGAGACGAAACCAAAUGCAUCGCCGAUUUCUCGAGACCAGAUUGUAACGGCCCCCUCCCGGGACCGGGACCUUACCAAGUCAAGUUUCUGGCUAUGAAUUCCAGCGGCCCCACGGCUGAGACAAAAUGGUCGUCGCCGAUCACCCUGAUUCAAGGUAGCGAUGAACAGACGCGGGGAUUCCGUUCCGGUUUUACGAAUGGCGAUACGGGCCCCAAUCCGAGCCCAUCAAAAUCCCACAUCUUCCCAUGUGGGAGUCACACCCCUGCUCUGCAACCCUGUGUACGCACCGAUCUGGAAGCAAAUUCAAAUUGCUGA